AUGCAUGGAGAACUGAAUGCUAACGAUUUAACGAGUGCUAUCAAAGGUAUACUGACAAAGGCCAAAGUUGAUUUGGGAGUUCAAACAUCAGUCCUAUCGUCUGCCCGCAAGGUGGGUAGAGUGAAUACUCGUGGAUUUGAACGACUACCAUUUUCGAUGAAUACGGAGAACUACUGCUGUUAG